AUGUCUUUCGCAACUACGCAGCAAAUAAAGCAGGUCGGCUCCAAACUCCUUUCGGGUACGAACGUCACUUCGAAAAAAAGCACAGUUUCGCAAAAAUCUAGAUCGAGGAUUUUGACUACUGUAAGAGCUUCCGGGAAAGCUCUCGAUGGUCGCAAACUUCGCGUUGCUGUCAUCGGUGGUGGUCCAGCAGGUGCAUGUGCCGCGGAAACUUUAGCCAAGGGCGGCUGUGAGACUUUUCUUGUCGAACGUAAGAUGGAUAACUGCAAACCAUGUGGUGGCGCAAUCCCCCUGUGUAUGGUAGGAGAGUUUGACUUGCCAGAAGAGAUCAUAGAUCGUAAAGUUACAAAGAUGAAGAUGAUUUCUCCUUCGAACCGCGCGGUUGAUGUCGGUCAGACUUUGAAUGAUAAAGAAUACAUUGGUAUGUGUCGUCGUGAAGUUAUGGAUGACUUUUUGCGGAAACGGGCGAAAGCUUUAGGAGCAAAUCUUAUUAAUGGCCUAUUCAUGAAAAUUGACGACCCCGGGGUGAAUAGUGGACCAAUUACUUUACACUAUAAUGACUAUGAAGGUGAUUCGAAAACCGGAAUUCCGAAAACGAUUGAGGUAGAUGCCGUUAUUGGAGCUGAUGGUGCGAAUUCAAGAGUUGCGAAGUGCAUCGAUGCUGGCGAGUAUGACUACGCCAUCGCUUUUCAAGAGCGUAUCAAGAUACCAGAUGCUAAGAUGGAUUAUUACAAAAAUCUUGCGGAAAUGUAUGUUGGAGAUGACGUCAGCCCAGAUUUCUAUGGCUGGGUUUUUCCCAAGUAUGACCACGUUGCUGUGGGUACAGGGACUGUUGUGAAUAAGACAGCCAUCAAGCAGUAUCAGACUGCCAUGCGAAACCGAGCUGAGGAUAAGUGUGCUGGUGGGAAAAUUAUCAGAGUCGAAGCGCAUCCAAUUCCAGAACACCCUCGUCCGAACCGUGUUCGAGGGCGAGUAGCACUCGUCGGAGAUGCGGCUGGGUAUGUCACCAAGUGCUCUGGUGAGGGCAUUUACUUCGCUGCAAAGAGUGGACGAAUGGCUGCAGAAGCUAUCGUUGAACAAUCCAUGAAUGGUACCAAGGAAAUCGAUGAAUCUGAUCUCCGUGUUUAUUUAGACAAAUGGGACAGGAAGUAUUGGGCAACCUACAAGGUCCUCGAUAUUUUACAGAAAGUAUUUUACCGAUCGAACCCUGCACGAGAAGCCUUUGUUGAGAUGUGCGCGGAUGAGUACGUGCAAAAGAUGACUUUUGAUUCAUAUCUCUACAAGACUGUGGUUCCAGGUAACCCACUUGAUGAUGGAAAGCUUCUUGUUAACACUAUUGGAAGUCUUGUUCGGGCCACGGCGUUGCGAAACGCCUCAAAAUCUGGAGUUGCUAGCAUCUAA